AUGGUCCUCCAAGUCAAAAGCAAGGUCGAAGCCCACAAGCUUCCCAACUACGGCAGCAUCUCGAAUGUCUUCUUCGACGACCUCCUCGGAACAGAGAAGCGCGAAUUGGGAAAUCCAAUAGUUGGCUCCUGGUUCCGAAUCGAAAAAGGUCCAGAAGCAACACCCCCAGAGUAUACCUACGAUGAAGUUGGAGUAGUCAUUGAGGGAGAGAUCAACCUUCGUGACGAAACUGGACAGAUCGCCACCGUCAGACCAGGCGAUACGUUCUUCUUUCCUCGAGGUAGCACCAUCACCUUUUCCUCGGAUAGUUACGGGGUGGCGUGGAAGUGUGGGGGGCGUUUGCCGGCUAAACUCUGA